AUGACUAAUGUCGAACAGCAAGAGAUCAGAAGAAUCUUCCUCGCCCUGCUCUCCUCCGCGCUUUCGAAGUCGAACGAUGCAACGCGCGGGCCAACGAUCGCCGAACUCGAGGCCGCCUCGUUAAACGGAAAAACCGGCUCGACGGAUAGCGGAGGACCGGGAGAAGUCGCCUUAGAAACUCUGUUCAUUCCCGAGGACCCCAGCCGUUACGCCGAGGUCUCGGAGCAAGUGCGGAAGCUGUUCGAACGAGCGGGUCCGUCGAAAGUUUCGGAGCAGCUCGGCCAGGACGCGAGAUAUCCCGUCGAAGGGGAAACGGAAGUCGAGGAGACGCGGCCCUCGGAGCAGGAGAUCCGGGCGGACGCCGCGGAAAACACGACCGAGUGGAGGCUCGCCGCGGAAACUUCGUCGCCGGGGAAAUUCUCGGCGGACUCGGGCCUGCUGGCGCACGGGGAGGCGUAUUCGCCGAGAAACCCGGGAGGUCUUUCCUGGGGGACAGAGGAUAAUGGAGAAGAGCCGGAAAACGACGGCCAGGAUUCGUUCAGCGGAGAAGGAAUCGAGCCUGAUGAAGAGGACUUCGUCGAGGCAGCUAACUUCGGGCUGGAGGCCAUGAGGGAUUUGUACCUCGUGAAAGAGCCUACGCUCUAUUCGAUGGGUCUUUACCUCGACUCGGACAACCCAGCGAAGUAUGUGGCAACUUUCAACGACCAGUCCGAAGAAGCGAGGGCACUCGCGAAAUACGGUUUCGCGGUGCUUCAAAGUACCACGAUGUUCAAGAGGAAGUUCCCGGACACUCCGACGGACUUGCUGCUUGCUCGGCGUAGUCAGAGCAACCCACUCCAGCGUCAUUGUCCAAACAGAGGAAUUCCCGACUGUCCGGCGGCCAGUCUGCGUUACAGAACUUCCGAUGGGAGCUGCAACAAUCUGCAGAAUCUUUGGUGGGGCUCCGCGAUGUCCCCGAUGAACAGGUUCCUCCCACCGGUUUAUGACGACGGUGUGCAGAGUGUAAGGAGAUCGAUAGGCGGAGCACCUUUGCCGAGCGCGCGAGAAGUGACCAGCGUUUUCCACGGCGACAGAGAUGUACCUUUGGCUUCGGUGACUCACAUGCUGAUGCAGUGGGGACAGUUUGUGGACCACGACUUGACAGCCACUGGCCAAAGCAGAGGCUUCAACGGAACCAUUCCGCAAUGCUGUCUGAACUUCGGCGUCGGUUUCCAACCACCGGAACUCAUGCAUCCCGAGUGCCUGCCGAUCAGCGUGAGCCCGCAAGACGCUUUCUUCGGUCCUCUAGGAGUAAAGUGUCUAGAGUUUCUGCGAAGCGGUCCAGCUCCCAGGGAGAACUGCAAAUUCGGCCCCAGGGAGCAGUUGACGCAGGUGACGAGCUACCUGGAUGCGUCCACGGUAUACAGCAGCAACGCCUUUCAGACCGACACUUUGCGGCUGUUCCGGAACGGUUUCCUGCAGUACGGAAAGAUCCAGUCGCAGAAGCCCGUGCUACCGAAGCAGGACUCCGAUCUUUGUCGACGGGGGUCGUUGUCGACGAGCUGUUUCCGCGCCGGCGACGGCCGGCUCGGCGAGCAGCCAGCCCUCACGGCCCUUCACGUGGUCUUCCUGAGGCUUCACAAUAGAAUAGCUAUGAAACUGGCCGCACUGAAUCCUCACUGGAGUGACGAGAAGCUAUUUCAGGAAUCCCGGAGGAUCGUUGGCGCUGUUGUUCAGCACAUCACGUACAGGGAAUAUCUACCGAUCGUUCUUGGCCAGGAUGUGAUGAGGAUCUUCGACCUGGAGGUUCUCAAGAAGGGCUACUACGAAGGGUAUGACCCCUCCGUGAACCCCACCAUCGCGAACGAGUUCUCCGCCGCAGCCUAUCGCUUCGGUCACUCGCUGGUGCAAGGCAGCUUCGUUCGGUUCGACAGCGAUCAUCAGCCUAUCUUGAACAACGUUACCAUCCAUAAAGAAUUCAGCAACCCUGCGAACCUGGAGACCGCGGGUUCCGUGGACCGCCUCCUCCUCGGGCUGAUCAAUCAACCCUCCCAAAGAAGAGACGAACACAUCAGCGACGAGCUGACCAACCACCUGUUCCAAACCCCCAGGUUUCCUUUCGGCAUGGAUCUAGCUUCCAUUAAUAUUCAACGUGGCAGGGAUCACGGGAUUCCUCCUUAUGUUCAGUGGCGGGAGCCGUGCGGCCUGUCGCCAGUAAAAAGCUUCGAGGACCUAGAGAGAGUGAUGCCCCUAGAAGUGGCUAAGAAAUUUAAGCUGAUCUACUCCUUCGUAGAAGAUAUCGACCUCUUUACAGCUGGACUGGCGGAGAAAUCCGUGAACGGGGGACUGGUAGGACCAACCUUCGCUUGUAUCAUCGGCCAGCAGUUCAGCAAUCUUCGCAAAGGGGAUCGGUUCUGGUACGAGAACCCAAAUCAGGAGAACAGUUUCACGCCUGGCCAGCUUCAGCAGAUUAGACGCAUCAGCCUGGCGCAAGUGCUGUGCAGAACCAUGGAUGAGAUCGACACCGUGCAACCUUUCGUCUUUUUGAUCCAAGACACCAUGAGGAAUCAUCGAGUCACUUGCGAGGACCCAGCGAUAGGUCAGCUGGAUUUAAAUUUCUGGAAAGAGAGUCAGACAGUUAGGAGUAAGCCUAGAGUCCUUGAAAUCUUCAAGAAGAAGAAGCCUCCGACUCCUACUACCACUGCCAAGCCCACUACCCAAGGUCAAACUAAUUCAGCGGCUGGCGAACAAUCGGAGAAGAGCUUCCUGCACAAUCUGAAACCUACGCAACCCGCCAUCUACCAGCAGAACAAGAUCGUCGUUAGGAAACCACUCGGUCCCCCGGAGAACAUAAGUAUAGUGGUGCACAACAACGCCGUGAAUUCCCCUGUCUACGUUAAAGAAGGAAUUUACGGGUCGAACGUGCAAGCAGACCCCGCGCCACACCACGGUAACACUCCUAAGCCGUCGUUCGAUCACGUUAACGACAGACCAAUUAAUCAGGGCCCCGUGCAAUCGAUUCCAGUUUACGUGCCGCCAAAGCCGAUCCCCACGGUGUCGCCGCUUGCGCCUCAAGCAUCGACCGGCCGACCUUAUAUUCCAUACGCUUUCGACGAUCCGAACAACCCGAAUCCUUUGAGCCCAGGCUUCCAGUCCCAUUACGGCUUCAACGAUGUCCUGUUCGAGAGUUACUCUGCUACCAGUCCCAGACCGACUUUGUACACUUACUACACGAAUUAUCCGAGGCCAGUGACUCAAAGACCAUAUCACGAGUAUGUACACGAUAGACCUCAGUAUCACGAGUCAAGGCCGCCGUUGAACACCUGGCCCACUCAUGAGUCUCAGUACCACGGCGGGCAAUACCUGUCGAAACCUCUGUACGACAGGCCGGGCAACCAGAACAACGCCAACGGUUACGCCAUCAAUUGGCAGGAACUGCAACAACAAGGUUUGAUCAGUCAACUAAGCAACGCUGGGUACUCGAACACUGAAGGCUACCGAAUCAAACCUAACAAACCGUUCGUGGAUCCACCGAGGGAUUCUAAUUGGCAUUAUCAAAACGACAGGUACCGACCGGAUCACAGACCAAUGGUGGAGAUCAAACCGUUAGAUAGAAACGAGUACACCACUUGGUCUAGCGUGUCGUCUAUCGACAAAGAUCGGUAUAACCCCAAACCCUCGUAUCAAACGAUUGGAAGACCGGUUCAAGCGGAUCCCGAUGGCUGGUCGGUUAUCCCGAGUUAUCAGAAAGAGUCGGUUAGGCCAGGCACUGUUUAUCAAACUGUCACUGCCAAACCGAUCGACCGAGGAAGCACCAAUGAUUACUACUCGAAGAACCCAUCUGAGAGACCUUCCUUCUCCGAGACAUCCAAGUUCACGGAUUAUCAGAGACCAAGACCUUAUCAGAACGAUGAUUCCUUUCAGUCGAACCUUCUGGGCAGGCCCAACCAAAACAAUCUCGAACACAAUCGAGCUCAUUCAUCUACGAUUAGACCGAGCCAAGAUCAACGGAUCGAGCCAGCUGAUAGCUUUUAUCAGAGUGACGUACGGCCGAAACCGACGAAGGUACACAGCGUCACGAUCGUGGCGGAGGGGCCGUCGGAGACGUCUGUUCAAACCGGAUACAGCACGGAGAACCAGGUGACCAGCGAGGUUCCAAGGCCUCUGAUCGUUCAUGUGAAUGAUAAUAAACAGGUUAUCAGGAGACCGGGACAGUAUUACUACGAGAAGAACGUGUUGCAUAGGUACCCUGAUAAGAUAGAGAGCCAGUCUACGACGCACAGGUAUUUCGCAAUGGCAGAUGAUGUCGCGCAAAGACACAACGCUCUGGGAACCGAAGAAUCGAUCGACGAUCCUAUUGUCGAUGCGAAGGGAAACGAGACCAGCGAGACGGACGACAAUCGCGAAGCUUCCUCUGGAGAGGACGAAUCAUCCACCAACAGAACCAGCCAAUGGCUGACUCCGCAAGAAGACUCGAGCCUGCCGUCGGCUCCGGAGCUGCCAAAAAUGUCGUCGGACCUAACCGCAGCUGCCAAGGAAUUACCCAAGCCCAUUACGCCCAGAAAUUACGCUUCCUAAGUACCAUUAGACGUCCCCGUUGCUUCGAACGAUCCUCUCCUUUUAUUCAGCGGCAACUUCGGCGAUCGUCGCGCUGGAUGCACGAGACUUUUACAACCGUUUAUAUUUAUUGUCUUCCAGAGAAAGAUUCUCUGGUCACGCGACGGAUCGAUUCGCAGCUGGAUUAUUUCCGCGAAUGUUCAAGGGAACGCAACAAGUCGCAGGUUUCUGGGUUCAAAGAGUAACGAUGAAAGAGACUCGAAUUAAUCCCUUGCUUUACAACAACGUGACAAAAUUUUCAAGAUUUCGAACAGAAUUUAACAUUACUCGAUUCUAAAAUCAAAUCAAACAUUAGCUUUCUUCAACCCUAAUCAGACCACGAUGUGAUUUUGAAUUACAUUUGAACUUUUUACUUAAACUUUUUGAUUAUUUCAUAUUGCAUUUCCAAAAGUUUCUUUAGGCUUUUAACAUUUGGGCCCUAUAAACAAAAACAAUAACAUUUUAACACGUUGGCUGCCAUGAAAAUUUCGAGCGUUUCGUUACAGCAAGAUUUAUUCCUUUAUAAUACAGGAAAAUGGUAUUAGAAAUAAUUAUUAAUGUUUUGGUAUUACAGUGUUCAUAUUACACUAUUAUCUAGCUUCUUGUGUUACUGAAUAUUUUGAUUCAAUAGCAAUUUAAUGAUUCCCUUUAUUUUCACAAGUGACUGAGAGUCACAUCGUGGUAUGAUUCGUUAUAAAAACGUACGAUUAGGGUUAAUCAAUGAUCACACUUCAAAUCAGGCAUACAAUAUAUAACUUUCCUCUUUCUAAUAAAUGAUUAACAAAACAUACUCGCAUCGAUCGUGGUUAAGAAAUGAAUCACAGGUCAAGGGGUUAAUUCGAUCGGUACUCGAUUUAUCUUUGAAUCGGUACUUUCGCGAGCAAAUUCGUUCGUUCGGAGAGAUCUUUCGAUCCCCGGAGCCGAAUCGAAUGGUAGAUUUAAGCAAUCCGUAGGCGAGAGUUACGCCGCGUUGUAUCACGUCGACAGAUUUAUGAAUGGCCAACGGUUUCGCCGGGCAUUACCGAUUGCCCAAUGACAUACGCGGCGUGUCACGUUCCCCGAAGGGUCAGGUGGAACGUAGCCUAGUUCCACGCCAAUUUUAAACCGGCUCGGUGUCCGCCUGGAACCACUCCGUGACUAUUUUCAGAUGGAGUCGCCGCGUUUCUUGCCGGCGCCGGUCGACACCGGCGAUUUUAAUUACAGGUUUUACCAGCACUUCUCCUCUUCUUGCUCCGGAGAAGCCUUAUACAUCCGCGGCGAGCAACCCUUCCCCUCGAGUCGCGCGGCGAUCGUCCCCGUUCCUUCUCUCUCCCCUUCGAUCAACGAGUCGGAAUAGUAUUAUCGACGUAGCAUGUAGUUUUAAAUUAUUCUUAACUUGUUAAUAUAUAUAUAUAAUAUU